AUGCGAUUAUUUUAUGUUACAGCAACACGUCAGCAUUGUGCUGAUAACAAGCUAGUGCUGCCCCCAUGCGCCCUUCUGGAUGCGCCGUCACCAGCGUGCACCGAAGAUCUGCGCUCGAAUAAUGCCCGAGUUGAGUACUAUGGGAGCCAGCCGCCGCCGUACGUCAUCGUUGCCAUUUCACUGCGUAUCGAGCCGUGUGCCGAACGUGCGACACUCAGCCGAAGAACAUUUGGUGCCGUUAUCGAUCGACGGCGGCGGCAGGACAGCGGAGGUCGAGUGACAGAGGUGGUGGUCCGUUCGAGCAGUCGUCGUCUCGCCGCGCAGAUGAACAAAUCCGACUACUACUCGGAGGAGAAGACAUUCAGCGCGCCGUUCCCGAAAUCUGGGAGGCAUCCGCCAAUUUCUCAGGCGAAGCUAAAUGGCAAAGGUUUGAAGGAUCUUGAUGACCAUGAUAUUGACGGUUUGCUUUCAAAUUUGAGCAUAGACGAGCUUGAAGACCUCAACAAUGAUUUCGAUCCUGACAAUUCCAUGCUACCGCCAUCGCAGCGCUGUCGUGACCAAACCAAUAAAACUCCCACUGGCCCAUUCAAGAGAGAUCAUUUGCUGAAAUUUCUUGAGGAACAGGCGAAAAACGAAAAGGAUUGGGAAGAUGUUGUCCCCUUUUCUCCUGGAAUUAAGCGAGGCAAGGUCUGGGAGGGAGAUAGUGGUCAAGAAGGUGGCGAUGAUGCUAUUUCGGGAAUCGCUGCAAUGGAGAUGCCAAUUGAGCUUGACUUAGACGACGAAGAGGAAGAAUUUGAGGCGGCCCUUGAUCAUGCUCCCGAAAGAGAUCUUGUAGAUCUAGCAGGAAUACUUGGAAUGCACAACAUUUUGAACCAGCCACAGUACUAUAACGCACUCAAAGGAAAGCAACAAGACGAUUCCACGGGUACGACGUUUGCGGGUGUUAUUCGAGGAUAUGAACCGAAGGAAACCCCAGAUGAACCAGACAACGAAACAGAUGUGGACGAUUGCAUUACGCGGCUGGAGGAGAAUGAUGAGGAUAUGAAGGAAGUAAAUAUUAACAAUAUGAAGCGGGUUUCGAAGGAAAGAAUCAGGAAACUUAUUACUGCCGCUUGUGCUAGUAAGCACAUCACUAAGCUGAGUAUGGCAAACACUGCGAUAUCGGACAGUGAAGCUCGGGGACUGCUCGAACUUCUUGAGACGUCACCAUCCCUGAAGAUUUUGAACAUUGAAUCGAACUUCAUUACCCCUGAGUUACUAGCGAAACUUCUUCGAGCGACCCUCGUUACUCAAUGUCUCACAGAAUUUCGUGCGGAAAAUCAGCGCCAAGCAGUAUUGGGAAACCAGAUCGAAAUGGAUAUGAUGCUGUCAGUUGAAGAAAAUCAGUCGCUCCUCCGAGUGGGUGUCGCCUUCCAGUCAAUGGAAGCUCGUCAUCGAGUUUCAGAAGCAUUAGAAAAGAACUAUGAACGAGUAAGGUUGCGACGUUUGGGGAAGGAAGACUGA